CUCCUCUUACGGCUCGGAAUGUGAACCCAAUUGGAUUGCAGAUCAGGAUCGGGUGGUCUUCAAACAUCGUGCACUCGACUUUUGUCGAAUAAAUCCAAAUAUCCCUGAGCUCCACAGGAAACAGGCUCGAGAUGACAUAUGAGCUGAACUUGGAGAACCUGCGGCCAUAUCUCGAGCUUACAGACACGCAUAGGCACCAAUGCCGGGAGCUCUACUACAGCCCUCUUAAAGCCAAGGAGCUGGAGCACAAGUACGUGAAGCGAACGGAUGACAUACUCAAGAGGACCGCCAGCAUUGGAUGCGAUCAGGCGUGCGAUUGCUUCCUGACCUUCGAUGCCAUUUCGCUGAACGCCAACUAUACGGCUCUGGUGUUUAGCCUCUGCGGCAUUUCACAUCCCCUUCAUCUCGUGCUCUACGCCAGUGCCGUGGAGGAUGCCAGGGUGGCGGACAUUGCCGAGUUUCUGAGCGAUAUUCUGGUGAAUUUGGUCAGAAAUGAGUUGCCCAAGCUACCGAUGUUCCCGGCAGUUUUCGUGUUGCUCCACAACAACGUGAUAAGCCAGAAUGUGCUGAGGAAAAUCUCCGACAAGGCUGCGUACGCGAAACUCUUUAAGAAAUUUCUAUUUGUUCUAGACGCUACCUUCUGGCGGUACUACAAUAUACACAUUCCCUACAUCCAAAACGCCUGGCUCGACAUAAUGCACACGGAAAUCACAAAGGCCAACAUAAAGGACGUCUUCCUGCAGCACCAGGAAAUCGCCAAAAUCAAGCAUUUGGGGUUCAUGGAGGAGUUCAUCAGCUCCUACUUCAGCCUGGCCAAAAUUCUGCUGUCCACCAGAGCGACCGUUAUGCUGCGCCACUGCACCCUGGAGCGCGUGGAUGACUUUGUGAAGAUUAUUCGAGCCAAUAUGAAGGUAUUCCAGAACAACGACUCAGUCACACGGCAGCAGGUCUUCCAGCUGCUUCGGGCAGUGAUCAUCAUCUACGACCAUUGACCACUGAACGACUGAGGGGGCAUCAACCAUCGACCAUCGGGCACCGGGCAUCGAGCGGAGAGUGAAAAUUAUUUAUGUGGCACAACAAAUUAUACACAAGUCA